AUAAUGGCUACAACAAAAUGUCAAGCAUGAAGUUCUAAUGAAGGGUGGUGGUGGCAGAGGUGACAGUAGGGAUUGUAGAAGGGUGGACAUAGGACUAGAGUAGUUUCAUCCAAAUGCAAAGCAAUCACUGUGGCGAAGGACAACUUAGGGUCUCAACCAGAGAGCCUGUUCAUGAGCUAGAAAUUCUCAAAAGGUUGUAUCUCAGCCAGGUCAAUUGAGUUCAUAUAGAAGCUCUCUCAGUUGGACUGCUCUGUAAACAAACAAACCAUCUUUGGGUUCAACUUGUAAAUAUAAUGCCUCUUUGAAAAAAUUAUUAAUGAGCUCAUUGACUGUUAUAUAAUUAAACUAUAUACUUUAAAGUUCCAAAAAUAAUGGCCUCAAAAAAGUAAUGACCUUUCAAAAUUAGCUAUAAAAUUUAAUGGUCAUUAGCAAGUCCUGUCAGUAGCAAAACCGUGACUCUCCAAAAGUAGCAACCUCAACAGUAAUUCAACUUUAACAGACACCAAAAAUUAUACAUUAACUAGCCAGCUCUGAUGCUAAUACUCAGGAACAACUACCAUCUAUUUGAUCCAUAAAUUACAACAACUUUUGUAGUGAAAUUUAUGUCCAUUUGUCCCGUUGAUGUCAACGUUUCUUCGCGGCUCUAUGUGUAUGCCAAGCAGACCUAUCUUUUAGGGCAUUGCCGCUGAGCUAAGAAUUUUAAGAUUCCGGUUGGAUACCACGUGAUGGUCUCGUGACUUCCUUUCGCCUAAUUUGGGAUUGUUGACCUUUGCUCGUUCAUUGUGACGCAGGCGCAGAUGUAGUAAACAUUACAUCAUCUUUUCCGGACCAAAACAAACUAUCGAUUGAGCGGUGUUUUGAAGGGCGUAGGAUUUUAUAUCAAAAAGGGGAGUAUGUCGGAGGGAGAAGCUGAAGGUUCGAUACAGGUAGAAGACACUUCCGAAAAAGAAAAUAUCGAGCCUCCUUUGAAGAAAGUAAAGACAAGAGAAGACAGAAAAAUUGAUCGUCUUGGUAAACUCGAGGCGCGAUUGAACGACAUUUUGAGUUGUACCGUUUGCCUCGAUUUGCCCACCAAGUCCGUUUUCCAGUGUCGUAAUGGACACCUGAUGUGUGCAUCCUGUUUCACGCAUCUUUUGGCUGAUAGUCGACUAAAAAAUGAGCAAUCUACGUGUCCAAACUGCCGAACUGAAAUAAAUCGCAAUGUCUGCUCCCGUAACUUAGCUGUCGAGAAAGCCAUAUCUGAGCUUCCCACAGAAUGUUCCCACUGCAGUCAUGAACUACCGCGAAGCUGCUUGAAAAAUCAUGAGGACAAAGAAUGCUUAAACAGGCCAGUGCACUGCAAGUUCAAAAGAUUAGGUUGCCUGUGGCAGGGUCCAUUUCAUGAGCAAAGGGAUCAUGAGGAUAACUGUGUUCAUCCAGGCAUGACUGGAUUACAACUUAUGGAGUCGUUAGAGGUGGUUGAUAAGAAUCACAAGAACGAGCAGGAACUCUUCCAAAACAUCCUCAACUUGCUGUCCUUUGAAAAGAUUGCUAUAAAUGACUUGCAGCUCAAGCCAUACCGUUCUGAUGACUAUCUACCACAGCUCUGCUAUGAAAGCAGUAGAUUUCAUGCUCUGGGCCAACAGUGGGUGGUAAAAGCAAAUGUUGUCGGCAACGAGAAAAGCUUGAAGCGUGUCUUGACUUAUCAGCUUGUACAGAAGGGAAAAGUCAACCUUAAUGUCAAGUUCUUAAUGCUGCGGAGUCCUUUCAGUGACUUGGUUAUCAAACCUGAAGUUCAUCAACAGGAGUUCAGUUGCGAUUUGCAAGAAAGCAGUUACCAUGACCUUGUACUGUUGGACCCCACAGAAUGCAACAAGAUGCUGGAGGCAAAUACAAUUAAGUUGAGAAUGAUCAUAUUCCAGAUUCCUGGUUCAGAUUAAGAAUAAUUUUAUUGUACAAAGAAUUGAGUGUACAUAGUUUUAUUUACCAACCAUGCCCUCGACUUUUCCUGUUAAUAUUUGGAAUAAAGCAUGUAAAGGUGCCAUUUUCUUGACACUGGUAUUUAUGUUUAAAAAAUUUACAAAAUGCAUGCCAAGUAUAUUUCAAUCAAUCAUGUUUGAUUUAUCACAUUUUUUUUGAUUUGUUGUAGAAAUACUUCCCAUAAUGGAUCGAGAGAGUUUUAAAUAUAAAUUUUACCAAUCAUUACAAGUCUUUGUCACUGACAACAGUUUGAAUAGUAUAAUAAUUUUUGUUCUAGAAUGAAAUUACUUAAGUAAGGACCAUUUAGUAACAUAUUUCCUUUGGAGUAAAACUGAUGAUCCUGGAUCAUAGUCAUGUGUGGAUUGUUAACACCAAAGAUUUCCUCUAGCCGGUAUCCUCCAUUUCUUUUUUGUCUUUCAGCUUCCCCUAAGAAAGUGUUAUGUUUGAACAUGGCAUCUUAAAGAGAAAAAUAAUUUUGUUUCACUUCCAUCUUUUUAAAGGCCCAUUUCCUAGUUAGGUAAAGGGCCUGAUGAAUUAAUGGUGAACAUCGUCCUAACUACUUGAACAAUCAGAAAUUAAUUUAAAUCCAUCUUUUUGAUGUAAAUAUUUUAUUUGAAGUGUUAAGAGAAGACCUUUGCAGAAGCUAAUAUAGGUAUACAAGUACAGUAGCUUAUAUUAAUUUCUUUGCUUGAAUAUUGCUGGGCUUGAACAUGUGUAACAAUUUGAAAUUAACUCAAUUUUAACAGUUUGUAAUAGCUCUCAAUAUCAGAGAGUAAUAUUGCACAUUUUAUAUAUGUACAUAACUGUAAUAAACCAGAAUUAACUAUUAAACAGCAAUUGAACUACA